UAGAUAGAUGGAUAGAUGGAUUGAAUUCAUUCAUUCAUUUUACUCUUUUGCGUACACACACUGGUGUACACACUAACGUUAGUCACUCAUGUCUGCAUUUGUGGCUUUUGUCUUUCCUGUGUCUAAUUUCUGUAAAGUCGUGAGAAGAAAUGAAAGAACUAAAGCAGCAGAACAACAUGCUGGACACAGGCCACUGGGGGCACUGUGAGGACAGCUUUGACCCACAGGCAGGCACCUGGGUGUCCCCACAGAUAUCCUAUCUCAGCUUCAAGAGCCUCAUUCAGCUCAGACGCAGCAUGAACACAGGUCAGUGGAGGCGUCCAAAAAAAAAAGAUUUAAUUUCAGUGUUUUGCUGCAUGUACAUUUCUCCUCAAUGUUCAUCUAUGAAUCCUCUCACGCAAGGUGUAAUGAUUUUCGACUGCGAGGAGAAGACUUUGGCCGACAUUGCUGAAAAGAUCGUCAGCGAAAUGGUUAAUAAAAAGGAAAUCAGGCCAGAAAACCGUGAAGACAUGGUGAAGGUUCUGCUCCAGAACCACAGCCAAUCAGCAGACCCAGAGAGCCAAGCUUUGACAGAGGGUACAAAUCUACAGAGAAUCUCAGUAAAAGAAAGGAAGGACGUGUCUGACCGUGAUGAAGUCUCCUUGGUGUUAGUAGGAGGUCUGGACUUUCUGGAGAAGCCCACAGUCGUGUUUGUCCGUCUAAAGGAGGCCUUGGUGCUUGACUCCGGUCUGGAGUCCCCGGCACCAGUUCGCUUCAUCUAUGUUCUGGUUGGCCCAAUCAAGACUGACGUAGAUUACCACGAAACUGGCCGUGCUAUGGCGGCACUUAUGGCUGACAAAGUGUUCCAUCAAACAGCCGUGCAGGCGAAGAGCACCAAAGGGUUGACGGACUCCAUGACAAAUUUCAUGGAUUGCAGCGUUGUCAUUCCACCGACUGAAAUCCAAAAUGAAGCAACGUUGAGCUCCAUUAUCAGUUUCCAGGAGAAACUACUGCAGGGCAGGCUUAAACUUGAUGACUCCACAGUUUGCCUGAUGCCCCAACCUCGUAGGGUGUCCUUCACCACCAAACCUCCUACAGAGGACCCGCUGUCCCGUACGGGGCGUCCGUUUGGUGGAAUGAUUCGGGACAUAAAAAGACGCUACAAGUACUACAAGAGUGACAUCACAGAUGCUCUGAACUCCCAGGUUCUUGCUGCAGUUAUCUUUAUCUACUUUGCUGCCCUGUCUCCUGCCAUCACCUUCGGCGGUCUUUUGGCUGAUAAGGUGGACAACAUGAUGGGCGUCCCAGAACUUCUCAUUUCCACCAGUAUCCAGGGAAUCAUCUUCUGUUUUCUUGCCGCACAGCCCAUACUGGUCAUCGGUUUCUCUGGUCCUCUCUUAGUGUUUGAGGAGGCCUUCUGUGCAUUCUGCAAGUCCCAGGACAUCGAGUAUAUUGUAGGGAGAGUGUGGGUCGGAGUGUGGCUCGUGAUCAUCGUGUUGGUGAUUGUGGCCCUCGAUGGCAGCGUCCUGGUGCGCUUCAUCUCGCGCUUCACCCAAGAAAUUUUCUCCAUACUUAUCUCCCUCAUCUUCAUCUACGAGACCUUCGCCAAGCUGGGGCGGAUCUUCAAAGCACACCCGCUCAUUCUGAAUUACGAUCAAUUGAACGCAAGCGUGGAAAAUCCCUGGCAACCGAAAUCGGAAGAACGCGUCAUUUAUGACAACGCUACGGGCAACACGACUGUGCUCGUUAGCACCAUUAAGCCUCCUUAUCCUAACACGGCUCUGCUCUCCAUGUGCCUCAUGUUCGGUUGUUUCUUUAUCGCCUUUUUCCUUCGCCAGUUCAAGAACGGAACGUUUCUGCCCGGAAAGGUCAGACGUUUGAUUGGUGACUUUGGAGUCCCUAUUGCAAUUUUCCUUAUGAUCGUGGUGGACUACAGUAUUCAGGACACCUACACUCAGAAACUGGUUGUUCCGAAAGGUCUGACAGUGUCCAACCCGGCCAAAAGAGGCUGGUUGAUCAAUCCAUUUGGAGAGCACCAGUCCUUUCCUGUGUGGCUCAUGUUUGCCUCCUGUAUCCCAGCCCUGCUUGUCUUUAUCCUCAUCUUUCUGGAGUCUCAAAUCACUACUUUGAUUAUAAGUAAACCCGAGAGGAAGAUGGUCAAGGGCUCCGGGUUCCACUUUGACCUGCUGCUUCUAGUAGCCAUGGGUGGACUCAGUGCAAUAUUCGGUGUGCCGUGGCUCAGUGCCGCCACUGUGAGAACGGUCACCCACGCCAACGCCCUCACUGUCAUGAGCAAAGGACCAAAGCCUGUCAUAGAGAAAGUGAUGGAACAGAGAGUCAGCGGGAUUCUGGUGGCCCUGCUAGUUGGUUUGUCUAUUCUGAUGGAGCCGAUUCUAACGUUGAUCCCAAUGUCAGCCCUGUUUGGUAUCUUCCUUUACAUGGGAGUGACAUCACUGAAUGGUAUACAGCUAUGGGAUCGGAUGCUUCUGUUGUUCAUUCCUAAGAAAUACCACCCGGAUGAACCCUACGCUACCAAAGUAAGCACAGCACGGAUGCACGUGUUCACGCUCAUCCAGUGUGGCUGCCUUGUGAUCCUUUGGAUUGUGAAGUCCAGUCCAGCAUCUCUGGCACUUCCAUUUAUACUGAUCCUCACCAUUCCUUUGCGCAUGGUUAUGACUGGGCGUUUGUUCUCAGAACUGGAAAUUAAAUGCUUGGAUGCUGACGAUGCUAAAGUGACAUUUGAGGAGGAACCAGGCCAGGAUGUAUACUGUGAAACUCAAAUGCCAUUGUAAAUGUCUUCUCGGACUACCUUAAGAAAUGUUUAUACAGAAUAUACUGUAUGUUUCUCUAUAUACCGCAUGUAUUGUCAUUUACAAUUAAGAGCUUCCCAUCUUUCCUGGACGGUUUGACAUCGCAUAAGUCAAAACAUAAAUGACAGCAUGACAAAGAGCUUUUAUAAAAGGUGUGUUGUUUUAUAUGGUGCCGGUGUUCUCAGUAAAGGGGGUGAUCACGAAAGAAAUAAGCCAAACUGAAAGCUUGAAAUGCUUUAUAACCAAUGAACAAAGUAUUGUAUAAAGUGCAGUUAAUUAAAUCUUAAGUGAAAUCUAUUUGUGCGUAGUAUGCAGUUUGUAAUGAACUUUUACAAUUAAUCUUUGAAAAACGAAAUGAAUUGAGAAUUAAGGUAACACGAUAAGGUAAGUGUACAACUAUCGGGACUCUCUUUAAACAUGUUUAUCCAAAUAGGAAGAAACUGAAAUAAAAAAUAAAACCCAACAAAAACACUUGGGUUUAUCAUAAACUGGUGCUGUACUUCUUUUAACAGGUAUACUUCUUGUUACUCCUUGCAGCACUGAGUAACUCUUUGUCUUUUAAGGCACCGUGG